CGCCUCCUCCGCGGCUCUGGUUCCAGCCGAGCCUCACCGACGCAGAGAUGGAAAUCCCGAGGCUGCUCCCAGCUCGCUGGACACGACAGGGCGGCGGCGGCGGCGGUAGCCCCGCGGUCGGCGGCCGGGUCCACGGAGGCCCUGACCCGCCGGCUGGCCAGGCCCCCGCGCGCCGCCUCCUGCUGCUCCGGGGCCCCCAAGAUGGCGGGCCCGGGCGGCGGCGCGAGGAGGCCCGCGCGGCCUCACGGGGCCCUGGCCCGAGCCCGUUGGCAACGAGGCCCGAUCACGCUAGCCGCGGCGGCGACGAGUUCUUCCUGGUGCUCCUUGACCCGGUGGGUGGCGACGUGGAGACCGCGGGCGCCGGUCAGGCCGUAGGGCCCAUGUGGAGGGAGGAGGCCGAGGAAGGUCCGGGGUCCCAGGGGGACGACAGCGGCGCGAACCCCGCGGGCCGCCCUGCGCUGGGUCCCCGAUGCCUGUCCGCGGUCCCCACCCCGGCCCUGAUCCCCGCCCCAGGCCCCAGCCCCGCCGCGGCCUUCGGGGGCACCGUCACUAUCCACAACCAGGACCUGCUGUUGCGCUUUGAGAACGGCGUCCUCACCCUGGCCACGCCCCCGCCGCCGGCUUGGGAGCCGGGGGUCGCGCCAGCCCCGCAGCCCGGGGGUCUGAUCGCCCCGCAGGCCGGGUUCCCUCACGCCGCGCAGCCCGGCGACUGCCCAGAGCUGCCGCCCGACCUCCUGCUGGCCGAGCCGGCCGAACCCGCGCCUGCCCCGGCGCCGGAGGAGGAGGAGGAGGGCCCGGCCUCCGCCCAGAGCCGCCGUGGACCGCUGGGCCCCGUCCCAGGCGUGGUGCUGUACCUGUGCCCCGAGGCGCAGUGCGGACAAACCUUCGCCAAGAAGCAUCAGCUGAAGGUGCACCUGCUGACGCACAGCAGCAGCCAGGGCCAGCGGCCUUUCAAGUGCCCCCUGGGCGGCUGCGGCUGGACCUUCACCACCUCGUACAAGCUCAAGAGGCACCUGCAAUCGCACGACAAACUGCGGCCCUUUGGCUGCCCGGCGGAGGGCUGUGGCAAGAGCUUCACCACCGUGUACAACCUCAAGGCGCACAUGAAGGGCCACGAGCAGGAGAACUCCUUCAAAUGCGAGGUGUGCGAAGAGAGUUUCCCCACGCAGGCCAAGCUCAGCGCCCACCAGCGCAGCCACUUCGAGCCUGAGAGGCCCUACCAGUGCGCGUUUUCCAGCUGCAAGAAGACGUUUAUCACAGUGAGUGCCCUGUUUUCCCAUAACCGUGCCCAUUUCAGGGAACAGGAAUUCUUUUCUUGCUCCUUUCCUGGCUGCAGCAAACAGUAUGACAAGGCUUGUAGGCUGAAAAUUCACCUGCGGAGCCACACUGGCGAGAGACCUUUUCUUUGUGACUUUGAUGGCUGUGGCUGGAACUUCACCAGCAUGUCCAAACUCUUACGGCACAAAAGGAAGCACGACGAUGACCGGAGGUUCACGUGCCCUGUGGAAGGCUGUGGGAAAUCUUUCACGAGGGCCGAGCAUCUGAAAGGCCACAGCAUAACCCACCUGGGCACAAAGCCUUUUGUGUGUCCUGUGGAAGGCUGCUGUGCCAGGUUCUCUGCUCGCAGUAGUCUCUACAUUCACUCCAAGAAGCACCUGCAGGAUGUGGACACUUGGAAAAGCCGUUGCCCAGUCUCCACUUGUAAUAAACUCUUCACAUCCAAGCACAGCAUGAAGACCCACAUGGCCAAAAGGCACAACCUCGGCCAGAAUCUCUUAGCUCAGCUAGAAGCUGCAAAUUCUCUUACGCCCAGCAGUGAACUUACCAGCCAGGGACACAAUGAUCUCAGUGAUGCGGAGACAGUGUCUCUCUUCUCUGAUGUGCCUGGCAAUAGUUCUGCUGCAGUGCUGGACACAGCAUUGGUGAACUCUGGAAUCUUGACUAUUGAUGUGGCUUCUGUAAGCUCAACUCUGGCAGGGAACGUCCCUGCUGGUAAUAACAAUUCCUUAGGGCAGGUUGUGGACCCUCGGGCCUUGAUGGCCACCGGCGACCUUCCUCAAAGUCUGGAUACCUCUCUCUUUUUUGGAACGACAGCCGCCAGUUUUCAGCAGAGCCCCUUAGAUAUGGAUGAAGUCUCAAGUGUAAGUGUGGGGCCAUUGGGAUCUCUGGGCUCUUUGGCUAUGAAAAGCUCGAAUCCAGAGCCCCAAGCUUUGACCCCCAGCAAUAAGCUAACGGUAGACACAGAUGCUCUGACUCCUUCCAGCACCCUUUGUGAAAACAGUGUCUCAGAACUACUGACACCAACCAAAGCAGAAUGGAACGUACAUGCUGACUCUGACUUUUUUGGACAGGAGGAAGAAACCCAGUUUGGAUUCUCCAAUCCAGCAGGAAACCAUGGUUCUCAGAAAGAAACAGACCUUAUCACAGUGACUGGCAGCUCAUUUUUGGUAUGAACCAACUCUAUUUAUUCAUCGCCAUCUGGCUUACUUUUGUUACACUCAGUUCUGAGGAUAUUCUGGACUAAAUGUUUAAAUGCAGUCAUUUCUUACUGGUUUGCAAAAGAACAGAGCCCUGGAAGACACGUUUGGAGACUUAAAUUCUGAUCUUGAGUCUGGAACUGACAAGUUGUGUGACCCGGAGCAAGUCACUUAACCUAUCUGAGCCUUAAUUUCCUUAUUUAUAAAAUGGUGUGGUUAGAAUAGAUUGUUUCUAAGGUCUUUUCAGCUCUGUGUUUUCAUGAUUUUGUGCUGUUUCUUGAAAAAAAAUAGGGCGUUUUAUAACAAUUAAUAAGUGUAUUUGCUUCUAAUGCAAUGAAAAGGACUUUGAGCCCUUUGAGCAUUAAAUCAUCAAAGAGUUUGAGGAUCUGGUGUUUAACUUUCAAAAUUUAAUGGAAAUUUGCACAGUGCCAAAAUAUUUCUAAAAUCUCAUGCUUGCGCUUAAAAAAAAGCUAAGAAUAUGGCUUUGUUCUUUUUAUCUGUUUAGCAUUAUAUCCUCCUUUUUUAUGAUGGGAGGCAGUAUUGUAGAAAAUGCCAGGGCUUUGAUAUGACACAGACUCAGAGUAAAAUACUGACUUUGUGGUGUUGAAUAAGUGACCUUACUUAAGUUAUUUAGUCUUGCUAAGCUUCAGUUCCCUAGCUGUAAACUGAUAAUAGCAAUGUACAAAUAUCUGGUGCAUCUCAAACUUUUUUUUCUAUCCUAGUAGUUCGUAAUGAAAGGAAAUUUCUAUGUUUCAGCAUGUUUUGGUGAGUCUUUAUUACCUUUGUUGUCCCUCUUGUUCUCUCCUCAAAGGGGAGAAUUUAGAAAUUUAGUAUCAGACUUGCACAGGCAUUAAAUGUUUAUGAGGGUUAAGAAGCAGGGAAGGGAACUUAUUUCUUCCAUAGGUUAAGAAAGAUCUUUCUCUGUGCAAUUCUUGUGUGACAUUGAGCACAUGUCUGUUAGUCCGGUGUACUAGUGUUUUUGCUCUACAUUCAAAGCCAGCCCAUGGAGUGACUGUAGAGUCUACUGUUUUAAGAAAAUCUGAGAAUGGACUAGGGAAAGAUUCUUUCUUCUCUGUGCCCUGGAGAGCUCAUUGAUGGCCCUCUGCCAGAGUUAGAUUGAGAGGUUUUGUCUGCAUUUUGAGUAGAUACCCUCUCUCUUACAUUAGUAUAGUAUUUUACAGUUUAUGUAGCAUUUUCACAACUGUUAUAUUUCAUCCUCACAAUCCUGUGAGGUACUUGUGGCAAACUCUGAAGUGCAACUCAUAUUAAAAUUCACCUAACUCACAUAACAAAUAAAUUUUGUGCAAUAGCAGCAGGAAUAUUUGCACCUGUCUCAUUCUACUCUUCUGAGUUUCAUGCUUAUUUUGUUUAUAACCAGUUGCUCUGUUCCACCUUAACUGAUGCCUGUUACCUUCCUGCCUGCCGUGCUCCCUUUCCAACCUGUUCCCUUGCAUGUUCACUCCAGUCCUUGCUGUAUAUUUCUUUUAUUUAUUUAUUUUUAAAAUUAGACAGUUCUCUUUCGUGGUCACCAUCUUUCAGCUAUCCUUUGCAUGGCCCAUUUUUCACCCACAAGUCUGUGUGCACUUAGAAAUUAUUUUCUGGAUUCAGAUGACAAUGUGUUUAUAUAUGAAUCAGAUGAUAAUGGGCGUAUUUUAUAUAAGGCUUAAGGGAGAAGUACUGCUUCUAUUUUCUAAAUUUUUUUCAUUGUGUAGUUCUGCUAGCAAACACUAUUAGUUGCUUUGAGACAUUUUAACCCAUUACUGUUUCUAUGUGGAUACUUGAGGGUAACAAUUAUCAUAGCACUUUGACAGUGCACUUUAUAAUUUGCUACUAUGAAAUGCAUCUGUUCUGUCUUUAUAAUUUUUAAAUUAAUUGUACUUAUUGUGAAA